CGUUCAAAUGUUUCUCUAGACAAAACGGCCGUGGGCAAAUCCAAUGAGAAAUGGGAUCAAUGUGGGGUGGACAAGCUAUUUGAUGGCAAGAAGACAGCCGAUUCCACAGGCUAUAACUACUACUGCUCAUGGCCAAACAAAGAACCAUGGCUUCAGAUUGACCUGACACAAGAGGCCUCCAUCAGGAGUGUGACAAUUCAUCCCCGUUUGAAGUACGAAACUCGAAUCACUGAUAUUCAAGUUUACAUUGGAAACAACGCCAUUGAAAAUUUUGCCAAAAACAAGCUUUGUGGUACAACAGACUCUGUCAUGGACAAGGGUGUUAAGACGGUUACAUGCAAGAAUGGCCCAGUCAAGGGUCGCUAUGUUCAAUUCAAGCGGGAGGGUGUCAUGGACAUUACUGAGCUGGAAUUUGAAUUUGGGUGUGAUAAUUGUCACGGUUCAGCAAUAACUAAGCCACAAGGCCUCAGUUGUAAUGAUCCAUUGUGUGUCGGUGUUGAAUGUGACAAAACGGCUGUCGGCAAAUCCAAUGAGAAAUGGGAUCAAUGUGGGGUGGACAAGCUAUUUGAUGGCAAGAAGACAGCCGAUUCCACAGGCUAUAACUACUACUGCUCAUGGCCAAACAAAGAACCAUGGCUUCAGAUUGACCUGACACAAGAGGCCUCCAUCAGGAGUGUGACAAUUCAUCCCCGUUUGAAGUACGAAACUCGAAUCACUGAUAUUCAAGUUUACAUUGGAAACAACGCCAUUGAAAAUUUUGCCAAAAACAAGCUUUGUGGUACAACAGACUCUGUCAUGGACAAGGGUGUUAAGACGGUUACAUGCAAGAAUGGCCCAGUCAAGGGUCGCUAUGUUCAAUUCAAGCGGGAGGGUGUCAUGGACAUUACUGAGCUGGAAUUUGAAUUUGGGUGUGAUAAUUGUCACGGUUCAGCAAUAACUAAGCCACAAGGCCUCAGUUGUAAUGAUCCAUUGUGUGUCGGUGUUGAAUGUGACAAAACGGCUGUCGGCAAAUCCAAUGAGAAAUGGGAUCAAUGUGGGGUGGACAAGCUAUUUGAUGGCAAGAAGACAGCCGAUUCCACAGGCUAUAACUACUACUGCUCAUGGCCAAACAAAGAACCAUGGCUUCAGAUUGACCUGACACAAGAGGCCUCCAUCAGGAGUGUGACAAUUCAUCCCCGUUUGAAGUACGAAACUCGAAUCACUGAUAUUCAAGUUUACAUUGGAAACAACGCCAUUGAAAAUUUUGCCAAAAACAAGCUUUGUGGUACAACAGACUCUGUCAUGGACAAGGGUGUUAAGACGGUUACAUGCAAGAAUGGCCCAGUCAAGGGUCGCUAUGUUCAAUUCAAGCGGGAGGGUGUCAUGGACAUUACUGAGCUGGAAUUUGAAUUUGGGUGUGAUAAUUGUCACGGUUCAGCAAUAACUAAGCCACAAGGCCUCAGUUGUAAUGAUCCAUUGUGUGUCGGUGUUGAAUGUGACAAAACGGCUGUCGGCAAAUCCAAUGAGAAAUGGGAUCAAUGUGGGGUGGACAAGCUAUUUGAUGGCAAGAAGACAGCCGAUUCCACAGGCUAUAACUACUACUGCUCAUGGCCAAACAAAGAACCUUGGCUUCAGAUUGACCUGACACAAGAGGCCUCCAUCAGGAGUGUGACAAUUCAUCCCCGUUUGAAGUACGAAACUCGAAUCACUGAUAUUCAAGUUUACAUUGGAAACAACGAAAUUGAAAAUUUUGCCAAAAACAAGCUUUGUGGUACAACAGACUCUGUCAUGGACAAGGGUGUUAAGACGGUUACAUGCAAGAAUGGCCCAAUCAAGGGUCGCUAUGUUCAAUUCAAGCGGGAGGGUGUCAUGGACAUUACUGAGCUGGAAUUUGGAUUUGGGUGAGAAUGUCAUUGA